GCUUUGUUUACACAGCUAUCCGACCGCGGCUGGUUAGCCUGCUCUGCUGCACUCUGCUCAGCCAAAUGCAUGUUCAGAGUUUGGAGGGAAGGAAGAGCCAGCCUUGAACCACAAGGGAGUGUAACCAAACGUUUUUACUUUGCUCAGAGGCCACAAGUGGUGAAAUUUCACAGGAGGAGGUGAAACAAGAGAACAUUUUGUUCUUCAGUUUUGUUUUAAAUGAUUCUUUAGAGAAACCCCUCCACCGUUGCACUGCUGUAUUUUCAUUGGACAAGGUGGGACGUACAGUAGAAGAAGAGAGGAACAGGCGGCAACAUUUUCAAGCUUGAGUUGUGCACAGCAUUGAAGGAAUCAGAAACAGGAGGACAAACCAAGGCAUUUUGGAUAUACAACACUUUUAUUUUUUGGAAAACCCUCUGAAGGAGUUUAUAUUUUUUAAGCGGGAAAAGUCGCUUUUGCUGUGCUAUGCAGGAGAACUCCCAUUCACUCUGUGUCUGAGAGAAAUACUUAGGAGAUAGAUCCAGAAAAAAAGCCAUGGAGUAUGAACGCAGGGACAGAGAGCCCUGCUUGUCCCCAGCAGCAUUUGUAAAUCAGGUGCAAUAUUCCAACAUCCUGGAAGGGAGGUUUAAGCAGCUGCAAGAUGAGCGUGAAGCGGUCCAGAAGAAGACCUUCACCAAAUGGGUAAACUCGCACUUGGGCCGGGUGACCAGUCGCAUCGGUGACCUGUACACCGACCUGCGCGAUGGUCGCAUGCUCAUCCGCCUUCUGGAAGUCCUCUCAGGAGAACAGCUGCCAAAGCCCACAAAGGGCCGCAUGCGUAUCCACUGCCUGGAGAAUGUUGAUAAAGCCCUGCAGUUUCUCAAGGAGCAAAAAGUCCAUCUAGAAAACAUGGGCUCACAUGACAUUGUGGAUGGUAAUCACCGUCUCACGCUCGGUCUCAUCUGGACAAUCAUCCUUCGCUUCCAGAUCCAGGACAUCAGUGUCGAGACGGGGGACAACAAGGAGAAGAAGUCAGCUAAAGAGGCCCUGCUGCUUUGGUGCCAAAUGAAAACUGCUGGAUACCCCAAUGUCAACAUCCACAACUUCACCACCAGCUGGAGAGACGGCCUGGCGUUCAGUGCCAUCGUGCACAAACACAGACCUGACGUGAUCGAGUUUGACAACCUGAAGAGAUCCAAUGCUCACUACAAUCUCCAGAAUGCUUUCAAUGUGGCCGAGAACAAUUUGGGACUCACUAAGCUGCUGGACCCAGAAGAUGUGAAUGUUGAUCAGCCAGAUGAAAAGUCCAUCAUUACCUAUGUGGCGACCUACUACCAUUACUUCUCCAAGAUGAAAGCGCUAGCAGUGGAAGGCAAACGUAUUGGCAAGGUACUGGAUUACGCUAUCGAGGCUGACCAGCUGAUCGACAAGUACGAGACCCUCGCCUCAGAGCUACUGCAGUGGAUCGAGCAGACCAUAGGGACGCUCAAUGAUCGGCAGCUAGCUAACUCACUGAAUGCUGUGCAGAACCAGCUCCAGGCGUUCAACUCAUACCGGACUGUGGAGAAACCCCCCAAAUUCACAGAGAAAGGGAACUUGGAGGUUCUCCUUUUCACCAUUCAGAGCAAGAUGAGAGCAAACAAUCAGAAAGUGUACAUGCCAAGAGAGGGCAAACUCAUCUCUGACAUCAAUAAGGCAUGGGAGCGACUGGAAAAGGCAGAACACGAACGAGAGCUGGCGCUGAGAAACGAGUUGAUUCGCCAGGAGAAGCUGGAGAUGCUCGCUGCACGUUUUGACCGCAAAGCAGCUAUGCGUGAGACGUGGCUGAGCGAGAACCAGAGGCUGGUCUCUCAGGAUAACUUUGGGACCGACUUGGGAGCCGUGGAAGCUGCCACCCGUAAACACGAAGCUAUUGAGACAGACAUCGGGGCUUAUUGGGAACGUGUUGCUGCUGUGGAGGCCGUUGCCAAAGAACUGGAAGCAGAGAGAUACCACGACGUGCGGCGCGUGAUUGCGAGAAGGGAUAACGUGCUUCGACUCUGGGAAUACCUGAAGGAGCUUCUGGCCGCGCGUAGAGAGCGACUGAACUCCCAUCGUGACCUCCAGAGACUGUUUGAAGAGAUGCGCUACAUUAUGGACUGGAUGGCAGACAUGAAGGGUCGUCUGCAGUCUCAGGACAGCGGCAAACAUUUGCAUGAUGUUUUAGACCUCCUGCAGAAACACACUCUGGUAGAGGCUGACAUAUCCGCUCAGGCAGAGAGGAUCAAGGCAGUCCAGGGAUCAGCACAGCGCUUCACUUCCCAUGAACAGGCCUACAAACCGUGUGAGCCGGGACUAGUUAGUGAGAAGGUCGACCAGCUGGGUCAAGCCUACGAGGAGCUCGGUCAGCUUGCUGCAGACCGCAAAGUCUGCCUAGAGGAGUCGCGCCGCCUGUGGCAGUUCCUGUGGGAUCUGGGAGAGGAGGCCGCCUGGAUUAGAGAGCAGGAGCAGAUCCUUGCCAGUGGGGACUGUGGUCGUGACCUCACCUCUGCCCUCCACCUGCUCAGCAAACAUGAGGCCUUUAGGGAUGAGAUGGCAGCCCGUUAUGGUCCCCUGAGUAACAGCAUCGCUGCCGGAGAAGCUUUGAUUCAGGAGGGACACUUCGGAGCCCCAGAGGUCACAGAGAGGAUUCAAGACAUCCAUGCACAGUGGGCACAUCUGGAGGAGACAACCAAGCUUAGAGAGCAGAGCCUCAAGGAAGCUGUGGCCCUGCAGCAGUUUCAAACAGAUGCUAAUGACAUGGAGGUAUGGAUCAUGGAGACACUCAGACAGGUGUCCAGUCAGGAGGUGGGCCACGAUGAGUUCUCCACCACCACCAUCGCCCGCAAGCAGAGGGAGAUAGAGGAGGAGAUCCAGAGUCACCGCCCCGGCAUCGACUCCCUGCAUGAGCAGGUCCAAGCGAUGCCAGAGGCCUAUCUAACAAUCCCGCAGGUGGAAGGUCGCCUACCUGCUAUUGAGCAGCGCUUUGAAGAACUGGAGUCUCUGUCAGUAGCUCGCCGCCAGGCUCUUGAAGGCGCCCUGGCCCUUUACCGCAUGUUCAGUGAAGCUGGUGCCUGCCAGCUGUGGGUGGAGGAAAAAGAGCAGUGGUUACACAGCAUGGAGAUCCCCACCAAACUAGAAGACUUAGAGGUGGUGCAGCAGAGAUUUGAGACACUGGAACCUGAGAUGAACAACCUAGGCACUCGUGUCGCUGAUGUAAACCAGGUGGCCGAGCAGCUGCUGAGCUCCGAGAACUGCAAGAAAGACCAAAUCAACCAGACACGAGACCAACUGCACGACAGAUGGAACGAGUUUGAAAAAUUGGCUGACCAGAAGAAAGUGGCCCUGGAGUCGGCUCUCAACAUACAGAACUACCACUUGGAGUGUAACGAGAUCCAGUCAUGGAUGAAGGAAAAGACCAAAGUGAUUGAAUCCACCCAGGGCCUGGGCAACGACCUGGCUGGAGUGAUGGCACUGCAACGCAAACUCACUGGCAUGGAGAGGGACCUGGAGGCCAUUCAGGGCAAAUUAGAUGACAUGAGAAACGAGGCAGAAAAGUUGGCCGAGGAACAUCCAGAUCAGGCCGGAGAGAUCCAAGGGCACCUGGCAGGGAUUCAAGAGGUGUGGGAGGAGUUGAACGCCACCAUGAAGCGGCGCGAGGAGUCGUUGGGCGAAGCCAGCAAGCUGCAGGGCUUCCUCAGGGAUCUGGACGACUUCCAGUCCUGGCUGUCCCGCACCCAGACAGCCGUGGCCUCAGAGGACAUUCCCACCUCUGUGACGGAGGCCGAGAGUUUGCUAACCCAGCACGAGAAUAUUAAGAACGAGGUGGAUAACUAUAAAGAAGACUACGAGAAGAUGAGGGCGGUUGGUGAGGAGGUCACCCAAGGUCAGACGGACGCCCAGCACAUGUUCCUGGCCCAGAGGCUCCAGGCUCUGGACACGGGAUGGCAUGAGCUGCGUCGUAUGUGGGAGAACCGCCACAGCGUUUUGGCCCAAGCCUUUGACUUCCAGACUUUCCUGAGAGACGCAAAGCAGGCAGAGGCUUUCCUCAACAGCCAGGAGUAUGUGCUGUCCCACACAGAGAUGCCUACCAGUCUUCAGGGAGCAGAGGAGGCCAUAAAGAAGCAUGAGGAUUUCCUCACCACCACAGAGGCCAGUGAGGAGAAGAUAACUGGUGUGGUGGAGGCUGGACGGCGCCUCAUUAAUGACAGCAAUGCAAACUCUGAUAAGAUCCAGGAAAAAGUGGAUUCCAUCCAGGAAAGGCAUCUUAAGAAUAAGGAGAAUGCUAAUGAAUUGCUGACAAAGCUCAAGGAUAACCGUGAACUGCAGCACUUCCUUCAGGAUGGACAGGAGCUCACAUUGUGGAUCAAUGAGAAGAUGCUGACAGCACAGGAUAUGUCUUAUGAUGAGGCCAGAAAUCUUCACAGCAAGUGGCAGAAACAUCAGGCCUUCAUGGCUGAGCUGGCCUCAAACAAAGACUGGCUGGACAAAAUUGAUAAGGAAGGUCAGGCGCUGGUGGCAGAGAAGCCCGAGCUGAAGCCUGUGGUUCAGCAGACCCUGGAGGACCUCCAGCGUCAGUGGGAGGAGCUGGAGGGCACCACCCGCACCAAGGCCCAGUGCUUGUUCGAUGCUAACCGCGCAGAGCUGUUCACACAGAGCUGCUCUUCUCUGGACGUGUGGCUGAAAAACCUUGAGGGUCAGCUGCAUAGCGACGACUACGGCAAAGAUUUGACUAGUGUCAACAUCCUGCUCCAGAAGCACCAGAUGCUGGAGAACCAGAUGGAGGUCAGAGAGAAGGAGGUGCAGUCCAUCCAGUCUCAGGCUCUGGCUCUAUCCCAGGAGGACGCUGGACUCACUGAGGUAGACGGUCAGCAAAAGCGUGUCACUGACACCUUCUCCAACAUCCAGGACCCUCUCAAACUGAGGAGACAGCGGCUACUCGCCUCCAAAGAAGCACAUCAGUUCAACAGAGAUCUGGAGGAUGAGAUUCUAUGGGUGAAAGAGAGGAUGCCCCUGGCAGACUCCACAGACCAUGGAAAAGACCUGCCCACUGUACAGCUGCUCAUAAAGAAGAACCAGACACUGCAGAAGGAGAUCCAGGGUCACCAGCCGCGUAUCGAUGAAAUCCAGAGACGAGGCCAGACUCAGAGCCAGGUAGACGGUGAGAGGCAGUCGGCCCUUGAGGAGCGCCUGGUUGAGUUGGGGGACCUCUGGGAUCAGCUGAAAGCCGAGACAGACAAGCGCCAUGAUCGUCUAAUAGAGGCCAACCGCGCCCAGCAGUUCUAUGCUGAUGCAGCGGAGGCAGAGGCCUGGAUGGGAGAACAAGAGCUUCACAUGAUGUCAGAGGAAAAAGCCAAGGAUGAGCAAAGCGCACUAGUGAUGGUCAAGAAGCACCAGACCCUGGAGCAGGCCCUUGAAGACUACGCCCAAACCAUUCACCAACUAGCCAACAGCAGCCGCCUCAUGGUCACCAGUGAACACCCAGAGAGUGAGAGAAUCACCCUGCGGCAAGCACAAGUUGACAAACUGUAUGCCGGGUUGAAAGACCUCGCGGAGGAGCGUCGCGGGCGUCUUCAGGAGAGACUGCGGCUGACCCAGCUGAAGCGGGAGGUGGAUGACCUGGAACAGUGGAUUGCUGAGAGGGAGGUGGUAGCUGGCUCCCAUGAACUAGGACAGGACUAUGAACAUGUCACAAUGCUGAGGGACAAGUUCCGGGAGUUUGCUCGUGACACCAGCACCAUCGGCCAGGAGCGUGUCGAUGGUGUAAACGGGCUGGCAGAUGACCUGAUUGAGUCGGGUCACCCUGAGAACGCCAGCGUGGCCGAGUGGAAGGAUGGGUUGAACGAGGCCUGGGCCGACCUGCUGGAGCUGAUCGACACACGCACACAAAUGUUAGCAGCCUCCUACGAGCUGCACCGCUUCCACCAGGACGCCAUGGAGGUGCUCGGACGUGUGAAGGAGAAAAAGGAGGGUCUGCCUUCUGACCUCGGCCGGGAUCUGAACACCGUCCAGCAUCUACACAGGCAGCACAACACUUUCGAAAAUGACAUCCAGGCCCUCAGCGGACAGGUGAACCAGGUGCAAGAUGACGCUGCACGCCUACAGAAGGCUUACGCUGGGGAGAAAGCUGAUGACAUUAACAGGAGCGAGAGUGCUGUGUCUUCUGCCUGGGAGGGUCUGCUUAAGGCCGGUCAGGCCCGCAGGCUCCUCCUGCUGGACACGGUGGAGAAGUUCCGCUUCUUCAACAUGGUGCGAGACCUCAUGCUCUGGAUGGACGGCGUCAACCUGCAGAUAGACGCACACGACAGCCCCAGGGAUGUGUCUUCUGCAGGGCUGGUUAUUGCCAACCAUCAGGACAUCAAGUCAGAGAUUGAGACCCGGGCUGACAGCUUCACCGCCUGCAUUGAUUUGGGAAAAACUCUCAUCAACAAUAAUCACUAUGCUUCUGAUGAGGUCCGGGAGAAACUGGCUCAGUUGCAAGAAAAAAGAGAAAGGAUCAACAAAAACUGGCAAGACAAGAUGGACCAUUUACAAAUUGUGCUGGAGGUGUUGCAGUUUGGUCGCGAUGCCUACGUGGCAGAGUCCUGGUUGGCAGGGCAAGAACCUCUGGUGCGAGCAGCAGAUCUGGGCUCUAAUGUGGACGAGGUCGAGAGCCUAAUAAAGCGCCAUGAGGCCUUCGAGAAACUCGCUACAGCCUGGGAAGACCGCUUUGUGCUGCUGGAGAAACUCACCACGCUUGAGGAGCAGGAGAUUCAGAGGAGGCGAGAGGAGGAAGAGCGAGCACGGCGACCCCCUACACCCCCCCCAGCAGAAGUGGCACAAUCUGAGGCAGAAAGUCAAGCACAUGAUUCUGCAGCCAGAACCAGUCUGGACCAGACCACCCUCAAUCAGACGGUGUCGGUGAACGGAGUGCACAGUGACAACGACACAUCACAGCAGUCAUUAUCGCAAUCGUUGUCAGUGGGACAGAAAACUCAGCCUAAACGUGUGUGUAAGCCAAAGCAGCCGGAGCGUGGCUCGGAGUCCGAGUCAAACGGACCCGGUAGGGACAGCGGACUGGCGUCGUCUCGCCUCGAGCCCUCUGCCACAUUACCGGGCAGGGGGGGGGCAGAGUCCGAUCCAGACACAAUGGAGGGCAUGCUCUGUCGAAAACAGGAGAUGGAGUCCCACAGCAAAAAGGCAGCUACCAGGUCCUGGCAGAACGUGUACUGUGUCUUAAGAAAAGGAAGCCUCGGUUUCUAUAAAGACGGAAAGAGCGCUAGCAACGGCAUUCCUUACCACGGAGAGGUACCCAUCAGCCUCGGGGACGCUGUGUGUGAGGUAGCCCACGGAUAUAAGAAGAGGAAAUUUGUAUUCAAGCUCAGGCUAGGAGAUGGAAAAGAGUACCUGUUCCAAGCAAAGGAUGAGGCGGAGAUGAGCUCCUGGAUCCGUUCCAUCAUCAGCUCCAUGCCCACGGGAUCAGGGGACUCGCCGGUCGGUCCGCGUGCCCUAAGCCGCGCCAUGACCAUGCCCCCCAUCUCCCCCAGCUCAGGUGAAGCCGGAGGAGUUACCAUGCGCAACAAAGACGGGAAAGACAAGGAUCGUGAAAAGAGGUUCAGCUUCUUCGGCAAGAAAAAAUAGAAACACUUUUAAAAAUCGAUGGAAAACAUUUACAACAAAAUUUCAACGGACAGAAGCGGGCAGAAAGUGCGGUCCCUCAAACACACGGCUCUCAGUGCAGGCCCCGGGGGAUUGUCAACGUGGCUUUCAGAGAUCUUUGUUUUAUUUCCCUUCUCUCUGAUUCUCUCCCUCGCCAAUUUUUUUAUCUGUCAUUUACUUUUUCGUUCUCCAAAAUCAUUUUUCACAUUAAGCUGUACCCAACUAUGAAAGCCCUUAUCCAAUUUCAGCCAACCCGCUGAGAUUAUCAGUCUAAGUCAGUGUGCGGGGGGUUUGGCAUUAACAGGGAUUCAGUUUCAAUCCACCAAAACGGCCUUCCUUCAGCAUGAAUAUUUUCUCUUCAGUGAGUCUUGACUAGCUGAGCCGUUUCGAUGACGUGCCGCUAAUUAAACAAUGGAUGGUGGCUUUCCACUCUGGUGCAAACCGGUUUUAUUGCCCCGCUCUUAAGCGCUCUCUUUUUUUCUGGGAAGGAUCACAUCAGUCUCUCUUUCUGUUCUCGGUAUUGAUGUUAUUAACCUGACCAAUGAUUUUGCUGUUAUUAUUAUUAUUUAUCUUUUUGCUAUUGCUGGUUUGAGAAAACAACUAAUUACAUUUCCAGUAGAUAAUCUUGAUUCAUGUUGUGGAGAGAAACGAUUUUGGUUAAACUAGUGGAGAAUGUUGGGCUUGCCCUUGUAUGUAUUAUUAUUGAUUUCCUUUAGGAAUGACAGUUGAUGAGGUGUUUUUGAGAAAAAAUAAAGCUCAUUGAAUUUUAGCAGUGUGCAGCAAGUGAUCACAAGUUUCAUUGGGAAAAUUAUAUAUAUAUAUAUAUUUAAUAAGUGGUUUUAUUUUUUAUUUUGUGUCUAAUUUUGCCUGUAUUUGAUUUCCUUUGAGUGAUCUUUUUGUGCUUGAUUUUCAAAUUUCUUUAUUUCUGUACAAAGCAGAUACGAUUAGGUGUGUGUGUGUGUGUGUGUGUGUGUGUGUGUGUGUGUGUGUGUGUGUGUGUGUGUGUGUGUGUGUGUGUGUGUGUGUGUGUGUGUGUGUGUGUGUGUGUGUGUGUGUGUGUGUGUGUGUGUGUGUGUGUGUGUGUGUGUGUGUGUGUGUGUGUGUGUGUGUGUGUGUGUGUGUGUGUGUGUGUGUGUGUUGUGGUGCCGUGGAUUUUGCACGUUUAUGUUAUUCCUGCUCAAACGUGGCCGGAUGAAUGCUGCUUUUCGGCUCCGCAGACGAGAAUCAGACUCACAAUAAUAUUACUGGAAUUAUUUCAUAAAAUCAGCUUUUCUUUGCUUCUGGUUUUUAAUUCUAUGUAAGCUGACAUGAAGUUCCUCCAGACGGUUUCAUUAUUUCUGUUUUUUUAAGUCAUCUAAUAUCUAUUUCCGUUCUUAAUUUACUGGUGUGAAGGCAUGGGGGGGCAGUUUGUAGAUAGAAAAAGCUGAAGCACAUUUUCUGAGGCGGACGCAGGGAUGCGAGCUGGACAGAUGGACAGGUCUCAUUAGGUGAAGUGAGGGAUGUGGAAGUGAUUUUGGGCUGAAAAAUAUGCUUUAUGUGCUACCUGACAGAGAGAGGAGCCUUACUUGAACCCACAACAGACCCCCUUUUUACAAACACAUCCUCCAUUCGAACAGGAAGCUAACGUACUUCGGAGAUAAGAAUGUUCAAAAUGUGCCCUGUGGCAAUGAUCUCGUGUAUGUCAGUGGAUUAUAAAUGAAGGUACAGUAAAAAUCACAGCAAAAAUGGGAAGGGGAAAUCCUAAAUUGUCUCUUAGAUGAGCUUGCAUAUGUGGCAUGACUUCAUGUAGGGUUAUACGUGUACGUGUCUCAUCAUUGCCAUCUCUUCUGUGUUGAUGUACUCUUAAAAUCGUGAGAUCACUUUGUUUCCAAGGUUGGAGAUAAACUAAUUAUAUGUAAUUGGCAUUUGCAUUAAUCCAGAACAUGAUAAUGGCAAUAUAGUUAAUGUAAAAUGUGUUUAAUAGUGUCCUAAAAUAGGGUACAUGUUUGAAAUGAUAAGGGCAUUUACAGUAUAGUGUGAGACUGUAGGCGGUAGUACAAUUUUAUAUGAAUUGGUUGUUAAGUGUUAUUAUUGUAAGUCACUUCAAUCCAAGUUCUAAUUUGCCUUUUCUAACUGCCAAAAAUGCAACAGGAAGUUACUGGAUAACAAUUCUGAAUUCAGGAGUAUAAUGGAUUACUUUAGGUAGGUUGCAAGUUCUAAAAUAUUUGUAAUUUAUCACAACUUGAAAGCAACUCUGGUAAUGGAUGUACACACCAUGCCUUGGAGGCCACAGGAAUGUCGCACGAAAAUAAACUGGUCGCAGUUUGAACAGGUUGGCCUUAUUUACCAGUCCCAAUUGAAUGUGGAACCAGUGAUUUUAUAUUUUGUUCAAAUCUACAACCCUCCAAGCCAGAGAAGAGAAUUACCUUAAGACUGACUUGGAGACGAUCUGACAGCACCUGGUCCGUUCUGACCACCUUGUCUCUGUCAGUGGGAUUUUGUAUCUAGGGUGUGUGAGGCAACUCCCAGUUUAAGCAGCCUUAAACUUAAGCUGCUAUAUCGGAGCCAAGUCAGUGAGGUCGGUACAUACGUAAGUGAGCCAACGCAGUUAUCGUACAUUGCACACAAUCUCCAAUGGAGGAGUCAUUCCAGUGGAUUAGCCUUCUCAGUGGCUAUAGCUCUGGACAUCAGAUAAAGCAUCCAGUUGACAUUAGGGACUAAAGGUCACACAGUGUAUUUUCUUAUCAGCUCAUUUGAAUGUGAAUGAUUCAAAUUAGUUUGGCCAAAUUGGUCAUGUGAAGCAAAAAUAUUUCUCCUACUUGACACACUGAACACACACGCUCACACCUUAAACCUGUACUGUAUGUUUAAUGCAGAGUGACCCUGGCAACCCAGUCUUUUGGGAAUGUCCUCAGCUGGCUGUGAUUUCACGUUGCUUAUGGCAUCCGUUCAAAAAACACGAGCAUUGUGCUACUGGUGAGCUUUGACCAGAACAUGGGGAGUGAUGUGUUGUUGUCAAAGAGAGGAGUUUUUGGUUAUGAGAGUACUUGUAACAAUUGAGUACUUGAUGAAGAAACUACUUUUACUUGUUAAAUAUUAGAUAUUGGUGAAAACAUGCUGGUGACAAUUUGAGCUUCCUUUUUUAGAAGAAGGCAGGGUAUUUGCUGUCUAGUGGGAGCUUGUAUUUUUUCAUCCAGUGAUCUGUCUUGCAGCAUUUGAUAAGCCUGUCCUCCUACCUUCAUUUCUCAUUACUUUUGACAGAUGUCUGUUCCUUCCUCUGUAAUUCAGAGUUGUUAAUACCACUACUAUUAUUAAUUGCUAUUAUUAUUAUCACUAUUGCUACUGUUGUUACUAUUACUACUACUGUUACUAAUGCAACUUAUUAUUGCAAAAGUUAUAAUUGCUGUCCAUUUUCAGGUACGUGUCUGUAAUACCAGACCCUUCCACACGAUGUCAGUGUGCUGUGGAGCAUUUUCAUUAUGAAUCGAAGAUAAUGUUUGUUGACUUGUGUAUCUACAUCUAAUAUUAGGAAUAAUAAAACAUGGUUUAAUCAA